UUGGCCAGUUCGUCUCAAGUUUGCUUGGCCCCACUCGAUCCGUGCACCACCGCUUCGCUCGAUGUCUUGCACUCUAGCGGGGAUAUGUGUUGUCAGAGAUACGUUGUUCUCACUGCUGACGUGAACGUCUGGGUGUGCACGAAUGCUGCCAACGAGUUGAUGGUAAGGCGAGCGGUGUCGGAUGCCGGCGAAGGAGUCAUCCCUCACCCCGUCCUCGCGGCUCUUCGAGGAGAAAUAUUGAGUUUCAUCGAUGCCAAUACCAUUACGAAAGAGGCGCUCUACGACACGGUAGUCUAUUUGGCCAGUCUUUCCGAGUGUCUGCGAGAUGGAAUCGGCGACCUUGUUGCCAGUCUCGAUGACUUGGAUGUGCAGAACAUCGCCGAUUGCCAGUAUUGGGCCGACGACGGAUACACC